GCCAUACUCAAAACAAGCAGAAGAUGAGAGGUCCCUUGGAGAGUAAAAAGUCUAGAAACAGUAGCCUUGAUCUCGCAAAAUUGAGUCAGUCGGCUUGAGUAGAACCGUUAAGAUGAGUCUAAAGCGUAAUUUAGUGAUAUUUUAACGGUUUGAAAAACGGGGAACAAUCAGUAGAUAAGACCAAAGGUGAAAUAAUUAACGUUAGCUAGCUAGCACAGUAGCUGCUAACUUGCUAGCCCCGGUGAGCUAGCUACCAAGAAGCCCCGACAUUUGAGAACGACUAACCUUACUGGACAUUGGGACACUGGUGUUGGUUGUCAUUGUAUCUGGGAGUGAGAGGUAAGGCUAGGCAUCUCUCCAGUUGACGCUGUUCCCUGGAGCGGCCUUAGCCAAGUCGAAGAGACGGGGAACAGGAUAGGGAAGCAGGGCGGCUCGGCCACCUCGGAGCCUGUGGAGAAGAUGGCGGGGAGCCCCGAGAAGAGUUCGUCCGCCCAGGAGCUGAAGGAGCAAGGCAACCGGCUUUUUCUCUGCCGCAAAUACCAGGAGGCCGCUACCUGCUACAGUAAAGCAAUAAAUCGAAAUCCAUCAGUAGCUGUGUACUACACAAACCGUGCCCUGUGCUACGUGAAACUACAGCAGUACGACAAAGCAUUAGCUGAUUGCAAACACGCCCUUGAACUGGACACCCAAUCAGUGAAAGCUCACUUCUUUUUGGGCCAAUGCCACUUGGAGCUUGAGAAUUAUGAAGAGGCCAUAGGAAACCUACAGAGAGCUUAUAACCUGGCAAAGGAGCAGCGCCUGAACUUUGGUGAUGACAUCCCAAGUGCACUGCGUCUUGCAAAGAAGAAACGCUGGAAUAGUUUGGAAGAGAAACGCAUCAACCAGGAGAACGAGCUGCACGCCUAUCUUACUAAACUCAUCCUGGCUGAGAAAGAGAGAGAAAUUGAGGAAUGCAGAGAGAAGCAAGUGGAUGAUAAUCAGAGUGGAAGUGAGAUCAGCAAAAUCAAGUCGAAACACGAUAAGUAUCUGUUGGACAUGGACGAGCUGUUUGCUCAGGUGGACGAGAAAAGAAAGAAGAGAGAGAUCCCUGACUACCUGUGUGGAAAGAUCAGUUUUGAACUGAUGAGAGAGCCCUGCAUCACCCCCAGCGGCAUAACCUACGAUCGCAAAGACAUUGAGGAACAUCUACAGCGUGUCGGCCAUUUUGAUCCAGUGACUCGCAGCCCCCUGACCCAGGACCAGCUCAUCCCCAAUCUGGCAAUGAAGGAAGUGAUCGACGCUUUUAUCCAAGAGAAUGGCUGGGUGGAGGAUUAUUGAACACGAACACACACACACACACACACACAAACACGUACACACAUACACACACACACACACAUGCAUACACACACACACACACACACACACACACACACACACACACAAAACACUUACAGACACACAAUUGUAAAGCAGUGCAGCGAGCAGAUAAGAGGAAGGGGAGUGGAGCAGACUGAACAAACAGACAUCCUCUUGAACUCGCACUUUACACAUGGGGGACGCCAUGGACUAUUCUCAGGUCUCCCUCCUUCUCUCUCUUUCCUCUCUCUCUCUUAUUCUAUCUCCCUCUUUCUGUCUUUCUCUGUGUGUGCCACAAGCCUGAAUUCAAUCGCUUUAAAUUGGAGCCAUGUCAAUCAAGAUUUUCAACCUCCAUCUAUCUCAUGACCCUGCACAUUAUUGUUUUCAGUAUCGUUUUGAUUUGAUCUGAUUUUCUUGCUGAUAUUGCCCCCAUUCAGAUACCCUCACUGAAACAUGCCGCGCAGACAGUUAUGGAAAAGUUAUGCAGAAAAUACUAAGGAAAUGUAACAUUUCAAUCUGUAAUUGGAUAUCUUUUAUUAGCUGUAAUGGACAGAAUGAUGCAUUAGUUAGAGAGACAAAAUCACCAGAGGAUAUGUGGAUGUGUUUGGGAGAACGUUUGUGUUUGUGUGUCAGAAUUAUAUAUAUUUUUUGCAUUAGAACAGCGGAGUUCAUAGAUGCCAGUUAGGCUCUUAAUGCUGUAUAAUCGAUAACGUACACGAGUGGCUGGAAAUGUUUAAUUUUUUUGGCGUGCGUGGUGCGUGUGUGUGUGUGCGCGUGCGCUUGUGUGUGUGCAUGUGAGAUUGUCCAUCUUUGAUCUCAAAGCUUCUAUUAGAAUGCACUUUCAGUUGCAGGAGAUUUUGUAACUCUCAGAUCUACAGUGUAACUCAUGGUACCUCAUCGUACACAUACUCUCUGUCUCUACUACCGCGUGCAGAUACAGCCAGGCUUCAUCACACAAUCAGAGCUUCACCCACAGUGUCAGUGACAUGUUAGAAGGUUAACGGAUGAUGGCUUGGUUGUCUGGACCUGCGUGUUGGUGCAUCGUUGUCUCUGUGGGCCAAGUCCCUGCUGUAUGCACCCUUAUGCCUCAUGCUCUUAACUCUAGAGUGGACUUCACUUUUUUUCCUCGAUUUUUUUUUAUUAUUAUUAUUAUUCUAAAGAAAAUGCUGUUUGGUGAUUACUGAAGGUUUCUUUUCAGUCGUCAAAGCCUCAAACACCAGUGCACCCACUCAAAAGAAGAUUGUCAAAGAGCAUCCCCGGAAAAAUCACAGGUCUCCGUUCAAUUCAACUGUUACAGAUGAUAGAAAAGUAUUAAAAUGAAUACGCAACCUUA